CCGAGUGCCGAAACUGAAAGGGAAAGUUUUAGUUCUAUUUUUGUCGUUCAUGGGUGAAAGUGCACUUUUUUGGCGGAUUAUCAAACGGAUAAAUUAUUUGAAGUUUUUGUGAUGUGCUAAAAAAGUGAAGGAAAAAAUGUUUAACCAAUUUAUUUUAUUUUAAAUGAUUAAAAAUGUUAAAAAAAACAUCCAAUGGCAAACGAUUUAACGAAAAAAUCUGACAUUAAGUAAACAUACUAAAAAUAUUUAAUAAAGUUUUAUUUGCUGUGUCAAGAAAAAAGUUUCUGAAGUUGUCUAAUGUGUUUAUUUUGCCAUUUUAACAUAAAAUAAACUUUGCCGUAUCUUCUUGCCUCCUAUAUAUUUUUCGCAAUGUUCUCUAGCUAAAACGAGAAACAAGUGCUAAAAAAGUGAAAUCUGUCAAGCCAUUUUACCAAAAGUGUUUUAUGCCGCAUGGGCCAACAAAUCAGUCAAUUGAAUCAAUGGACAAGAAAUCCAUUCAGUGUCAUACGUAAAUACAAAAAUACAACAACACAUAAAUUGGAUACACAGCUACAGGCGUAACGAAAUUGUGGGAGAAUUAAAGCCAACGACACGUAUUGCACGUUUCUUAGCCCAUACCUCAACAUAAACAGCCUUCCCACAAUCUGGCGAUACUUCACGCCAAUUGCUUUGGGUUGCUUAGAAUAGAGAGAAAGUAUUGUAACGAGACAACACGAAGUUCCGGCGGAAGUCCCCAGACAAGCCACAUAAAGUUUGGUUUUCAUCAUUUUAAAUAAAAUCAAUCGGGAAUUCAAUUACUUGGACUGAUAUUAUCAGCGAAAAAUGUUUAUCUGAUUACAUCCCUUAAGAGAAAUAUACCAUUGCCUUAAUAAUAACGUUGGCAAAAUCCUUCAACUGUACAUAAUAAGAAGUUAAAAAGACAUAACCUAGGCCAUCAUCAUCUUCCGCAGCCGCAGCAGUUUUUGAGGAGGCAGCAUCAGCAUACCAACGGAUGAGAGCUGAAUAGUUGGCCUUAAUCAAUGGGGCUUGGAAGAUGUUUUCAAAGUCAACAAACUCAACAUCAUUGUCGCCUCUAUGGCGGCCGAAUUAUGUGAAUUGUUUAACAACAGUAGUCAAAGGAGCAAAAUCUACCAAAAUCAGCUUUGAUUUCCUCCACCACAUCCAUCGCAAUGCUCACAACGAAGAAGUAAAAAAAUUAAAAAAUUGAUAUCAGUAUCAAUAGAACCGCCAAAAGAGAAGGUUCACCAACACAAAGAAAACACAAGAAAAAUAUCAAUUACAAAUCUACAAUAUUUUCACACUUAUCCCUCCACCGCCAAAGGACCACAGAACCAAAGAAAAAUCUGAAUUUCCCAAAGACUUUGUACAUGUUUGUGGUUGGCCCGGGAUACAACGGAAGUGAAAAGGGAAAAGCGCUACAUUUGCCACUUUUAGUUUAAGCGCGGUGUUAAUCUUGUCAGCCAAGAGGGAAACCGGAAGUGUAAGGUGUUGACCAUCUAUCAUACAUAGAGAAACUGGCUGCGGUCACAAUACGGAAGAUUCGCAAAACCUAGAAAAAUGCCAGCUGGACGUGUAGCCGGAAAAGCGGGUUAUUCCAACCACUAUUACAAUGGCCGCUCAUACGUUGGCAUAAAUGAGGAGAUUAUGUGGGUCAGCAUUGGCAUGGGCAUCACCAUUGCCCUAUUGAUAACCAUCGCAUUGUGUUAUAUUGCACGCGAAAAGUGUCAAAAGCGUCAACGCGAAUAUUACGUAACAGCAUAGCUGGCUUCUAAAUGCCACUCAGACUCCACCACCAAUGCCAAAAUAAUAUGGUCCCAAGUCGCAGCUGCAGGAUCAUCAGCAGACAACAAUAACAAUAGCAACGUUGCGGCUCUUGCUAAAAAGGCAUACAAAUAUGCUGUCAAUGCAAGCAGGGCGAAGAACAAAUGUUAUGAAGGCGACAGGACCACUACCACCAAAGGUACUCAAACAACGACAACAAUGACCACCACCUGUAAUGGUAGACUACAGCUACCAGCAGCACGACAACCCAUUAACAUUUUUCAUCACUCAAUUCCCACCGCAUCCGUCGCCAUCGACAUGGAUUACAAUCGGGUGAACAAUAUUCGCAUUUCAAGAAAUCGCCAUGACGAUAAUUUAAGAUAUUUUAAUGAAUUCAAUUUGCUGCCGUCCUCAUCAGCAGGACCCUCAUCACCGUCAUCAUCAGCUUCAUUUGUGCAAUCACCGUCAACUCGAGACGAAUCAUCAUCCAUGACCUCAUCUCGCCAUCUCAACCUGCAGCAACAUGAACAGCAACAGCAGCAACAACCACAGCAAUACCAAUAUUAUGCAUAUUACAUUAGGCGACCCAAUAUUGACCCCCAAGGUGUUGGAGCUGGUGUCGAUGAUGAGCAGCCACGUUUACAUCAUCAGAAUAUACAAAAUGGGAGCAACCAUCGCAAUAGAAUUAGUUUUGUAGGUCUGCACAUGGGUUCAUGGUGUACACGUUCCUGGGGUUAAAUGCAGAGCAAUUAAAAAUCAUCAGUCUUGAGUUUUAAUGGAUGAACACGAAUACAGGGUGUGAUAUGCAUGAUGUUAGAAUGGAUAAGCCCAUUGCGAACAUUAUUCAUACAUCCCUUUGUAAAUGUUGGAAAACAAUGAUCUUAAUUUAAGCAGUUGAUAUUUUAUGUUUAGUAAUACCAAUUUUUAAUAACAAAUAAAAAAGAGUGGAAAAAUUGCAGACAUUGGCCCUUAAAUAUUAAAAUUUUAUAGAUGUAUGGAAUCAAAAAUAGAGUUGAGGGAUCUUUAUAUGUAAAUGAAGGGGAGAUGAUUUCAUUAAACCUUGACAAGUCUCCAGUGACAGUGCAUAUAUUUUAAGUUCAGUCGUUGGGUUCGUCAAGCUUUUUAGAUGCGGGCUUCUAAAAGGAGAGAAACUAAACGAUGAUUAUGGUGAUUUCGAUUCUGAAAAAAGAUGUUACACUAAUGUUGCACUUAUACGUGACAACAUUUUGCGAAUGUCGCCUCAACCCUCUCAUAGUGUUACACCUUUUUCAUUUUCAAUCGAACAUGUUUAUUUGUAAUCAUUUCGACCAAAUAAUAUGGUAAAAAUCGCAUCCUCGUCUUCGGAUGAAGAACUUUCUAGCAAUACAUCUAAUUGCCAUUGGCUAUAUAAAGGCGUUCACUUUUUCCAUUUUUAUAUAUUUCUUUUUAAUAUUUUGCCGCUUUUUUCCACAACAUUCUCCACCGUAGACUUGGCACGGAGUAAGAAAUGCAACAUUUUUCAACUCUCUGUAGGCAACACCAAAAACUAACGAUACUACAUCCGGUGAUGGGUUUACAUUUUUUUUUGACAAACCAAUACAAAAUUUCGAUUUCAGUGCAACAUGUCGAAAAAAUGCCACACUUUUUUGAAUAAUCGAAAUCACCAUUAGUCAAAAUAAAUCUUAAAAGUGGAAUCGAUAGUUUUAUCAGAUAGAGGACCUAUUCGAAACAUAUUUAGUAUACCUAUAUGGUACAAAUUGUGGCAUUAAGAAAACAAGUAAAAAGCCGAACUUUGGAUACCCACCACCUCGAGUAUAAAUAUGAACAACAUUUUGUCAAAACCUGCACUAUUUAUAAAGCCAUAAUUGCUGUAUCGAAAUAUGAUCUUUGUUGAACCAAACUCACCACAAUUUACUGUUCCAAAUUCCAGUGAAAUCGGGUAAUAAACGGGUCUAAUAUUGUUUCAAGACCGUAUGGCCCUAUCCCAGCACAUUUCGUAUGGCCCUAUCUCAGCAAUAUUCGUGGAGGAUGUGUACACAGAAAAAAAUAACACAAACAUUUUAUCAAUUCAAAAUUUAAUUAAAAAUAAAAAUGUUUUCAAUAAAAAAUUUAUUGAAUCAAUCAUUUUUUUAAUUGAAUCCGUAUUAUUUUCAAUUACGAUCGUGAUUGAAAUUUAGGAAGUUUAGGAAAUUUUAAAGAAUUAAUUGAUUCAACCAUUUUCUCAAUUGAACUUGAAUUUUUUUCAAUUACAAUCGUGAGUAAUAUGUUUGUCAUUUUCAAUUAAAAAUGUAAUUAAUUCAAUCAUUUUUAAAGUAGGCCACCAUGGAGCAGAUGCUACCAUCCCGGUGAGAACAUCAGAAAAAAUUGUUCAGCGGUGGUUAUCUCCUAAUGCUGGUGACAUUUUGUGAGGUACUUUGCCAUGUAAAAACUUCUCCCCAAAGAGGUGUCGCUCUGCGGAACGCCGUUCGGACUCGGCUA